AGACAUGAAGGCUCGCGAGAGAACGAGGUUCAGGAGGCUGCGCGCAGUGGGUGGAGGGAGGCUGGAGAGAGUGAGGAGGAAGAGGAGGAGGUGCACUCCCACAAUACCAGGCGGGAGGGCGGGUAGGCGGUUUGUAUCCGGGCUGUGAGGUGCUCGGAGCCUCGGCGGACCUUGCUGCCUCUGUCUCUUUAACGCGAGAGGAAGCGAUGCAGAGGGGUGGAAAAUGGCAGAGCUGCAGAUGUUACUAGAGGAGGAGAUCCCGUCUGGCAAGAGGGCGCUGAUAGAGAGUUACCAGAACCUGACCCGGGUGGCGGACUACUGUGAAAACAACUACAUACAGGCUACAGACAAGAGAAAAGCUUUAGAAGAGACCAAAGCCUACACAACCCAAUCUCUAGCUAGUGUUGCUUAUCAAAUAAAUGCAUUGGCCAACAAUGUACUCCAAUUGCUGGACAUCCAAGCCUCUCAACUUCGGAGAAUGGAAUCUUCCAUCAAUCAUAUCUCACAGACUGUGGAUAUUCAUAAAGAGAAAGUGGCUCGAAGAGAGAUUGGUAUUUUGACAACAAAUAAGAAUACAUCAAGAACUCACAAAAUAAUAGCGCCUGCAAAUAUGGAACGCCCUGUAAGGUAUAUUCGGAAACCUAUUGACUACACAGUUCUGGAUGAUGUGGGCCAUGGUGUCAAGUGGCUAAAAGCCAAGCAUGGAAAUAACCAGCCUGCAAGAACUGGCACAUUGUCGAGAACAAAUCCUCCUACUCAGAAACCACCGAGUCCUCCCAUGUCAGGCCGGGGAACAUUGGGACGGAAUACUCCGUAUAAAACCCUGGAACCUGUUAAACCCCCAACAGUUCCUAAUGACUACAUGACGAGUCCUGCUAGGCUUGGAAGUCAGCAUAGUCCAGGCAGGACAGCUUCUUUAAAUCAGAGACCAAGGACACACAGUGGAAGUAGUGGAGGAAGUGGAAGUCGAGAAAACAGUGGAAGCAGUAGUAUUGGCAUUCCCAUUGCUGUGCCUACACCUUCACCACCCACCAUUGGACCAGCAGCCCCGGGCUCAGCUCCUGGUUCCCAGUAUGGCACAAUGACCAGGCAGAUAUCUCGACACAACUCUACCACUUCUUCGACAUCUUCUGGUGGAUACAGACGAACUCCCUCUGUGACUGCUCAGUUUUCUGCUCAGCCUCAUGUUAAUGGAGGUCCACUUUAUUCUCAAAAUUCAAUUUCUAUUGCUCCACCCCCACCCCCUAUGCCUCAGUUGACUCCACAGAUACCUCUCACAGGCUUCGUGGCCAGGGUGCAGGAAAACAUUGCUGAUAGUCCAACUCCUCCACCACCACCUCCACCAGAUGACAUUCCCAUGUUCGAUGAUUCUCCACCUCCACCACCACCACCUCCAGUGGAUUAUGAAGAUGAAGAGGCUGCGGUAGUUCAGUAUAAUGAUCCAUAUGCAGAUGGGGAUCCUGCUUGGGCCCCCAAGAAUUAUAUUGAGAAAGUGGUUGCAAUAUAUGAUUACACAAAAGACAAGGAUGAUGAGCUGUCAUUUAUGGAGGGUGCAAUCAUCUAUGUUAUAAAGAAGAAUGAUGAUGGCUGGUAUGAAGGAGUCUGCAAUCGAGUGACUGGUCUGUUCCCUGGGAACUAUGUUGAAUCAAUCAUGCACUAUACUGAUUAAUUUUUUUCUUUUAAAGUAGGUUCUUGUUAUUACUCAGUCAUAUUGUGGGACUAUUAUGGUUAACAGAAUUGUCUUAAUAUGUUUUAAAAUGUGCCCAUAUUUUCAGGAAAUGCUGUUUUAUUGGUAUAAUUGAAUGUCUACCUAUAAGCAUAUAUCUUUGAGACAGUUUGUGUAUUGCUAAAUAGCAAUUUCUACAAACGGCUGUCCGUAACUGAUUAUGCUUAUGUACUUACACAUUUUUAACUUUAUGACCAGCCUAAAUAUUCUGGGGAAGUGGGGUUUAAUAUUUAACGAAUCAUGAUUCAGAUUGUACCAUUACAUGUUUCAGUGCAGCAUGGUUACUAACGCUAUGUCAGACUAAUAUUAAAAUCAGAAAACUUAAAUGCUGGUGCUGGUCAUAGUUUUUGUUUAGAUUCUCUCAUUUAAAAAUACUGUUUGUUUAAAGCAUGCAUAAAAAUUUAUGUAUUGAAAUAUACUUAAAAAUUCCAAGAUGCUUCCAAUUUGUGUAAUAUUUACCUGGAGUACUCAUAUUUAGGUCUCUUGAAAUGAAGUGAGUCUCCAGGGUCUCCAUGUGGAACAAAAGAAACAAAAAGGGGGUUAUCUGUAAUGGUGUAAUUUGUACUAAGUUUUUUUUAAUGAGUGAAAUUUGCAUUAUAAAUUUUUUCCAUUCAUAAAUACUUAGGUGAACCAAAGGUUUUUGUCCUUUCCUUCACUGGUUUGCUUUUAAAAAAAUAAUAAAAGAUAAUGAUUUAUUGCAGAAUUAUGGUUCUAUUUUCUCAGUAUAUGAACUUGGAAAAAAAUUUUAGCCUUAUCUCAAGUCUGUCCCAACAGCGUGAUGGAUUUUUGCAGAUUCAAAAUCCGAGACGGUUAUUUAGAAGUCAAUCUACUGAAUUCCUUUUUAAAAGUAACUUUUGAAGCUACGAAUAUGUGUCAAAGUGUUCACAUUCAUUCUGUAGGUAAAAUUCUUAAGGACUGCCAUCUCAGUCCUUCAGUUUUACAGUGGACUUUUGUACACUGGUUCAAUGAAAUUUUAAGUAUCUUUUACAUAUUGUAAAAGUGGAUGCAAUCAAUUUGUGAAUAGGCUACCUGGCACUAGCAACAUUAAGAUUUUAAAAUAAUUGGGGGAAAAGGUGGGUCAUGUAUUAAUCAGUGAACAGAGAUAUAUACCUAUCCAACAGAUCUGUAUUAUCUUUUGACAUAAUUGAAAUGCAAUACAUGCACUUUGUGUGUCUCCUCUUAAUUUAAGGGAAGGUUAGCAGGAUGUUUUCUCUUGUGUAUAAUUCUGUAUUGCUUAGGAUAUUAAAGUAGAGCACUCAAGUGUGGGUUUCUGUGUAUUGAGGAUUUGUUUGGAUUUCAAAUUACAGUUAUGUACUGGACGUUACAGACUUAUAACAGCAUAGUGAAUGGUAAGACUAGUACAAAACAUUUAUUUCUGAAAAUUAAAGAACAUUAUUGCUACCAAAUCAAUGUGACUGUUUCGUAUGCAUUUUGCCUUUGUUAAUUUUAAACCAAGUAUCAUUAGUGAUCAGCUAGCUACCUUCUACUUCUCAUUUUUUAAGUGGAAUGUUCUCUUAAUUUGUAUAUAACCUGUUGUCUAAAUUUUAUGUACAGUCUUUUAUAAUAAACCAUUCUCCUAUAUG